CUACACCGGUUGGAAGUGAUGCUAGAAGAAGUGCCAAACCUGUCUUCUACAAGCAGAGCUACAAAGAACAGUUCAGGAGACUUAUCCGAUAAGAAAUCGAAGCAUUUUAGCUUUAUUCGAAAAGUUAAACAUAUUGGUAAGGAUCUAUUGCACGAUGAUAUAAGACGAGAGGAGCAUGAAACUUUUUUCAGCUUCCACAAGUCAAAGAGAAAUAUUUCUGGUCUUAUUGAUUGGGACGAGCGUGAAGAGCACCGUCAAGGGCAACCAGUACAAAGACCACCAGGACUAGACACUCAGCUUCGAGCAAGAAGACCCAGUGUCACAGAAAUGAAAGCAAAAGUGAGGGAAACUACGCGUUCGAAUUCCUUUGGAUAUGGUGUUGGUGGACCUAGUCCUCCAAAACCUCCACCACUGGUUGCAGACCGAACAGCUGUUGAUGACUUGAUUGAGGAGUCAAGUAAGGAAGAUUUCUGUCCAACGUGCUUGGAACCCUACGAUGCAGAGAAUCCCAAAAUUGUUGCAAAGUGCGGUCACAGCUAUCACUUGGCUUGCCUAUACGAAUGGUUGGAACGCAGUCCGUAUUGUCCCAUAUGUGCUGCGAGAAUGGAGUUUGCUGAAGAUACGUUGAAUGCCAUUCCUGAGGAGGAGACAUGAGAAUAACAAAAGCAUGUCUUAUAACUCAUGAAUAUGUUCU